GACUGUGGAUGUGAAGCGGGAAAUCAUCGACCGACCAAGGAAGACAUUUUGAAUUCGCUUGUUUUCUGUUCAUCUGUUGUGUUGAAUUUUGAAGAGGUUAUGUGUAUGUGUAUUGUGUAGUGUAAACUUAUUUAUAUUUUAUGUUAUGUGUGGUAAUUAUUGCUUUUGCUGCUGGUGAUCUGUGAUCCAUCAUGAUUGAAUUUGUUAUUCCAUUAAAAAGAGAAGACCUACUUGAAGCUAGUGAAGGUCGAUAUCAUGUAGCUGAUGUAAUAGCUCCAGACUUGCUGACUAAAAAAUUGGAAGAAUGUGCGGUGCGAUUGAAAAAGAAUGGCGCUACUUUUAUAUUGGAUGAUUUCGAUAUACUUUAUUCGGCCAUUUCACAUUUCUUGGAACUGGAUUGGCAAGAUGUUCAUUUUAUGUACGAUAAAAUAAUUAUGAAAAGUCUGUCAUCUGUACAUGAACAUUCAGAACGGGCUUUGGAAGAACUUAUGAGUAAUGCUAUUCGUAAUGAUGAUGAGAGAAUUCAAGCUUUAAACAUUUUGAAAAUGAAUAUUUACAUCCUGUCACAGUACUUCCAGGCAUACGGUAAUAAAAUCUCACAGAAAACGGAAACUGUGGCGGUUGUCAAAGUCAAGGGCCGCAGAAAGAAAACAGAUGUGGAAGACCACUCGAAGGAGAAUUCAUGGAACUGGGAAGAGAAACAGAGAGAUGGCUUGGUGAAGCUGAGCCUGGUGCUUCAGCUACCACUAAUCAAUUUUUGGGACCCACCAGUUGCCGAAGAAACCUUUGCUAAUACUGCGGCUGAAUGCUGUUACAGACUUCUUGAGCAACAAUCCAUAACACAUGUGAAAUCAAGAUCGCUUAAAACUACCCUCAUACUCAUUCUAGGUAUUCUGAUAAAACAAUACAAUCAUGGGCUUUCGUUUGUGGUGAAAAGUAUACAGUUGAUGAAACGUUUCGAGCAUGUUUGCGGCAUAUUGGCGGAAGCUGUUACAAGUUACGUGAACCAUUUCGGCUGUAAAUCUCUGAUAAAGCAUUUCUUGGAAGAGAUAGUUGAGGCAUCUGGAGAUUUGCUGAGUUCGACGAGUGAUCAACACGCUGGCAAAUCGUUUUCCACCUUCUUAACUGAGAUCACUGAGGCCAAUCCUCGUGAUAUGGAGCCCUUCUUGGAAUACAUAUUUCCUUUUCUUGACUCUGAGCUGCCAUCUUUGCGUAUGCUGGGCUUGAGCGUUAUGACGGCCAUAUUUCUCGGGUGCCUGACCGCAGAGGACAUCACUACAGAAGCUGAAGAAAAAAGAGACAAGUGCCUAGAGUUACUGGAAGAGAAUAUUCAGGACGUCAAUGCAUUUGUUAGGGCGAAGGAUCUACAGAUGUGGCAGAAGAUUGUCUCCUAUGGUGCAUUACCAAAAGAUUGGUUGAUACGUCUGAUGGAAGCAGCCAUUGGUAUUAUGAUGGACAAAUCAAGUAUUGUCACUAAACAAGCUAUUCAUCUCGUCAGAAUAAUGAUGGAAUCCAAUCCAUUUGCUGCUAAGCUUAGUCUUCAAGAGCUUAUUAAAACUUUAGAACAAGAAAAACUAGCUUACUCACAGCUGGCAGAGCAGGAUAAAGCCAACUUGAAUAAAAAUGUAGGUGAAGAAUCUGUGUGGAAUGAAGUUGAACCAGAAUUGAAAAUCUUUCUAGAGGACUUUUUCAAAGAAGGAGGAAAUGCUGAACUUUCCAGCCAAGAUUCGCUAUCAGCAGAAAGUCCAAUGAAAUCGGCCAACACACGUUUUACCACGAUCAACAAAUACAUCACCGAGAAAAACUUUUCUAAAGCAUUCAAACUACUUGUGCAUGCUGAGAACACUAUGCCUGUACUCAAGGAACUCAGGAAGGGCAUACAGUUGGGAAAUGUGGAAUUCUAUCUGCAUUUCUUCAAGAAGAUAUUUCUGGAACAUCAAAGCGCAUUGCCAUUGGAGAAAACAGCCGGUACACCCAUCAAGCAGCCACCACUGACGCCGUCCAAGCGACCCGCAACUCGCAAACUUGACGAAUUGAGCGAGGAAGCACCUCAAGAUGAGCAAACUCCAUCUGUGCUGUCUGCUCAGAAAGCCAGGAUCACAUUCUAUUCGAACUGUGUUGAAUUUGCGAAAAGGUUGUCGCAAGCUGUUGAACGUGUUACUAGCUUGAUGAAAAGCAAGAACGUGUUUGAAGUAGUGGAAGCAGUGGAGUUCAUUAAAAUGGCGAAACAGUUUGGCGUUUCGGGCUCUGAAGUGGGAGUCAUUGAAAUGAUGAAGCUGAUUCAAUGUCCUGAGGAAAGUAUAAGAACUGCAGCCACCAGAGCAUUGGAAGUGCUGUAUCUACAUGUGGAAGAGGGUGGUAAUCCGGAGAAUGUAGCUAAACAGGUGGUGAAAAAUCUUUGCUCUCUGGUAAAAAAUAUGAAAUUCUCCCAGAGAGCAUUAUUACAAAUUCUCGUUGCAGAAUGGCUAAAAGCUAAUUCUCUGAACGAAUAUUGUGUUGCGGCUAUGCUCAAUGUAUUUCUGCAGGAGGAUGCAGCUGUUACUACAGAUGAGAGUUACCAGGCGCUCACUCUCCUUUCUUGUGUCAUUAGCGUUCAACCAAAGCUGGUUAAUGAGAAUUUGGAAAAUUUCAUUGAUAAAGGACUUGAGAGAGGUCUUAAGUCAUCGCAAACAAAAGAUUUAAGGAUUGUUGCAAGUGUUUGUAACAUUCUCAAGUUAGCCACCUCAUCACACCCAUCCAAAAGGUUCAGAAAUGAUCACAAAAUAUUCAUCACGUUGACAAAAGUGCUAGAAGAAAAUUUUCUGUACUUCAGAGAAAAUAACUACCUUCUACUGGCUGAGAACUCGUUGGAUCUCAUCUUCCAAAUAGCGAUGAAUCCAGGAGCACUCUGUCAAAAUAUCAGUAAUGUAUUAUUAACAAAGGCAUUGGGCUCAAAGAACAAUGUUAGUAAUGUAGCUGAUUCAACUGGUGACAUUAGUGCCGUCUCUGUUAAUUCAAAUAAUCUGGAUAUUGAGAAUACCGAUCCAAAUAUUAGUGGUGUAUCCAUUUUGAGAAAUGAAAAAGGAAAUAGAAGAAUUCAUGAGGAAUCUCUUGCUCGGAUUAUUUUUAUUCUUGGACACUUUGCUUUGAGGUUAUGCUAUUAUUUUGAAAAUAAUGUCCUGGAUGAAAGAAAAAAGCGUUUGAAAAAGCAAUACACAGAUGAAAUUCAAUCCGGCAAAAAUCAGAAAAGUGAUGACGAAGACGAUGAACUGAAUAUGGCGGUUGAUAUGAACGCUGCAAAUGACGAUUCCUUGGCCGAAGAAAUCCAGUUGUUAUGCGAACACAAAAUACUGUAUGGUGAUGGAUUAAUAGCAAGGAAUGUAACUCUACCCAUAUAUACUCUACAAAACGAAGCGAAAUAUUCUUCAAGACUUGUUUCAAUCGCCUCAGUUGCGUUUGGAAAACUCAUGCUGAUUUCAAGAAAAUUUUGCAGAGAAAAUAUACAGGUUUGUAUUUUCUUAUAUCACUUCAAUGUAAUUCCAGAUACGUGGAAAUGCAACUCUUGUUUGGGUGAAGACUCGUCUGAUUCCAGCCACAGUGAUUCGCCGUUAUCACAAUCUAAAGACGCAAUCCUUGCGUCCAUAGCCAGUAUGCGGACAAACAUGGAAAAGCAGAUAGGUGGAGUGGCCACUAAUGUAACUGACAUUAAGAAUGAACUAGUAGGUGUCAAUAGCGCUAUCACCAAAAUGCAGGACACUCUCGCACUGCUUGCAUCUGAUAAUGAAUCACAUAAGUCGGAGUUUUUGAAAAUUAGGGAAGAAAAUGACAAGCUGAAAAAGACUGUUCAUCUUCUUGAUGACAAAAUCAAAGAUAUGGAACAGUUUAGCAGAAAAGACAACAUAGAAAUUACAGGUGUUCCGUACAACCGAGGUGAAGAUUUAUAUGGUUUGUUGGACAGAAUCGCUGCCGUUAUUGAUGUCAACUACAACAUAAACUUUAUUUCAACCGUGCACCGCUUAGGCGUGACUAACGAACGUCCCAAUCCACCUAUAAUUGUCAAGUUCAUAUCUAGAGACUACAAGUCUUCGUGGAUAGGAGCUGCACGGGCCAAUCGCAAGAAACUGACAGCUGCUUCGCUAUCCAUCAACUGGCCCCCAACCUCUGUGUACGUCAACGAGCAUCUUUCCCCAACCAACAAAUUCAUCCUGGGAAACGCGAAACGUCUCGUCCGCGAGAAAAAACUUGCAGCUGCAUGGACAAGGGAUUGCAGAAUAUACGUCAAGAAGUCUGCAGAGUCCGGAGCACCAAUCACGCUGAUCAAAACUAUUCAGCAGAUGGAGAACUUCACGACAGAUGAGUCGGUCAACAUUUUUCACAGGUUGAGAGACGAAUGCAAAGAUGUGCGUCUCAAUACUUUGUAUGUUCUUUCGCACCUGAUAACAAAUGAAUUGGUCAAAAUUAAAAGUCAGAUAUCAGAUGUCGCUCUUUGCAUUGUCGACGAAGAAGAAACGAUCAGAGAUGCUGCUCAACGACUGUUUCAAGAACUUUCAACAAAAGGAAAUACUCUUUAUAAUCUUAUUACUGAUAUCAUAUCAACACUUUCAAAUCCAAAUGCUGAAAAACCACUUGACGAAGAGAGUUUUAAAACAAUACUCAGGUUCCUGAUGGAUCUUGUACAAAAAGAGAAGCAAAUGGAGCAUUUGGUUGAAAAGCUGAGCAUUCGUCUUCGUGAGUCGCAAUCGGAAAGACAAUGGAGUGAUCUAGCCUUUUGCUUGUCUCUUCUAUCCUACUCAGAUAGAAGUGUGCGAAAACUAGUCGAUAAUUUCAUCUGCUUCAAAGACAAGCUCAAUCAUCCUCCAGUCUACAGUUGCCUCACUGGAAUUAUUUCCAACGCUAAUAAGUCUACAAAGCCUGGCUUGAAGGAAGCAGCUGCUGAACUAAAUGAAGUUAUUAAAGAGGUUUUAGACACAGGCGGGGAGAAUUGGGUGCAAGCGACCCCUCGGAACGCCAAUGGACCUAGAGUCCGACCAUCGACUACCAAAAGAGCCGCCAGAGGUCGAAGCUGCAAGAAAAAGAUGGACUUCUCAGACAGCGACAGUAACAGUGAUAGUGGUGUUCCCAAAACACGUUCCAAGAGAACCACUACUAAGAAAGCAAUCAAGUACGAAAGCUCUGAUGAGAGUGAAGGUGAACCAAAAACUAAGACAAAAAGGACUGCUAAGAAAAUAUCGUCUCUUGACAGUGAUGAUGAAAAUGAAGGUGAACCGAAAACCAGGACAAAAAGGACUGCUAAGAAAAUAUCGUCUCUUGACAGUGAUGAUGAAAAUGAAGGUGAACCGAAAACCAGGACAAAAAGGACUGCAAGAAAAACCGUUAUACCUGACAGUGAUGACGAAAGUGCAGAUGAUGUUUUUGUAGCUCCAGUGUCCACAAGAAAUUGCAGAAAGAAAAUUGCCUUAUAGUAAAUUUAUUCUUUUUAUUAUUAUGAACCUUGUUUCAACU